CUGUCACCGCGCCGCCAUCGCACUCCCCUGGGCCCCGCCUACGAUGCCGGUGAUCGAGGGUCUGGGCCGGCUCUUGCUGCCCGAAGCUGAUGCCUCUUUUGCGGACGCCACGCAGGAGUCGCCCGCAAAAGUGGGACACGUGGCAUCCAUGAUUGAAUCCUUUCAGAAGAGCGAAGGUGGUCAGUCGGAUUGCUCCCAGUCGCCUUGCCGCAAAAAGACGACCACAUCGGGGCACUUUCGAGAUGGCAGCGUCCGGGCCGAAGACAUCCUGGAGUUGACCAACAGGCUGGCGCACGUGGAGGCGCGGCAGCACUACUUCAGCGAGCAGCUGCAACUGCUGCAGGCCGCCGCCGCCGACGCUGCUGCGGAACAGCGAGUCCAGCAGCACUUGGUGGAGACGAGCAAGCGCUUGGAAGUUAUGGAGGUGAAUGGGAGCGACUUGAGGCUUCGUUUGGAGGCUCUCGAGCAGCAGCUCUGCAAAGAUGUGGUGCUGCAGAGCAGCGCGCUGCAGGCGAUGCAAAAUCAGCUGGGCGAGCUGCAUCAGCAGCUCAGCAGGUCUGUGGCCACCGAACUGGAGCUUCGCCUGACCCAGGAGGCGGAGACGCAGCAGCGGUGGCAUCAACGCCUCGCAGCGGAGGUGCAAGACCAGGUGCGUCGGGAGUAUCGCCGCAUGGCCCUGGAACUCACCGAGCAAAGUCCUGGAAGCCGCGGCUUUGGUCGCGGCACCAGGGCCAGUCCGGCGGAGUUCUCGAUGCCAAAGGCGAGCGCUGAAUUUUCCAAGGGCGCUGAACAUGCCUUGCCCGGACAGACCCCCUCGAGUGGCAGAGGUGAUGAAUCGUCAGCAGCGACGUGAAAAACUGAUGUUUGGUCGGCCGCAAAACCCCCAAGUUGAGCUGUGACAAAAA